ACCAAUUGCCCUUAACAACCCACGAUGGCCUUUACAGCGCUUAACAACAAGCCUUCGGCACCCAUAGUACCCGUGCAAGCACCUGCACCAUCUGCGCCUGCCCCUGCGCCGGUAGCAGCGCCAACUCCCGUGCCCCAUCCACAGGAAAUUGAUGUCGCUUUCGCUAGCAAUCAUGAGCUGCGCAAGCGCGUGCACGCCGCGAUAGACCAAAACCCUACCCAAAGUACUCUAUUUCGCGACAUUUCCACAUACAUCCUCAAUCAGACCUCGCAACCCGCCGCUGAGCCAGCGACAAAGAAACGCAAGAUCGAAGAGAGUGCCGCCCCGCAAAAUGGCGCAUCGACAGCAGGAGGCAGUCUUACGAGCACUGCGACAAAAGCGUUCCAAACAUACCCAGCCGUCAGCUUCUCGAUACCACAACGAAAGAAGUUCACCCUCGAGCUACUCGACAAGAAGGAUGGCGGCAUAAGAGCCGUGGGCGCCAAUGGCAACGUCGAAUUUGCCAUCGCAUGGAAGGACGUCGAUCAGGUCUUCUGCCUGCCUAUACCCGAGAAGGCCAAGAAACAGCAUCAUUUCGUCAUUAUACCAGUGCAUGGCGAUGGAGUGGCGCCUGUACCAGAGGAACUGAAGGGCUCGCCGCCGGAGCCAAUAGUAUGGACCUUUGAGGAGGCGACAGGAAAGAACAUAGUCGAAGGCGAAGACCCAGGGCCAGGACCAAUGGCUGAGGCGAUACACCACUGCUUGAUUCAAGCAGGCACUGGAAAGGAGGUCAUCUUCCCCGACGCCGAUGAGUUCGCGAGCGCAGUACCAGAAAGCCAUAGGAAGGGCGAGAAGGCAUAUCACGUCAAGGCGCACAGAGGAAGCAAAGAGGGCUACCUCUUCUUCACCUCCGUAGGCAUUCUCUACGGCUUCAAGAAGCCCCUCGCCUUCUUUGACUUCGCCUCUAUAGAAAGCAUAUCCUACACCAAUGUGCUGCGCAACACCUUCAACAUCGUCUUCACCACGCCCAGCAGCGGGGACAUCGAAUUCAGCAUGCUCGACCAAGCAGACUUCGCCGGCAUAAACGAAUACGUCCAGAAACACGGCUUGCAAGAUGCUAGUCUGGCUGCGGAUCGACGCGCGAAGAAGCUCAAUGUGAACAAAGUGGGUGGCAAGAAGGAGAACGGCGCGGCGGUCGAGGAUGUUGGUGGCGAGGAAGAAGAAAGCGAAUUGCAGAAGGCAGAGAGGGAAUUGCAGGAUCAGGAGGACGAUGAGGAAGAGGAUGAUGACUUUGAUCCGGGUAGUGAAGGCGAGAGCGAGGGCUCGGGGUCGGACAGUGAAGAUGAGGAUGGCGAAGGUGGUGGAUAUGAAGAGGGCGAUACAGCGGAGGUGGAGUACGAUGAGGCGGACGAUGACAAGAUGGAAGAUUAGGACUCAUCCUUCAAGAGUGCCAUAUUCAGAGCUAUGAAACUUGGUAUGGUAGACUGAAUGCUGUAUUACCCUGUAUAUUUCACCUUGUAUACCCUUCCUAGUAUUACACACACACUACGCCAGCGCGCGAGCCAGAUGUUGCAUUGCGCCAAGAAGAAUAUCAUGAACUCCUCAUCGCACCUAAUGC